AUGCCCUCGGACGGAGCACAAUACGAAGUUGACCACCUCCUGAAUCUAGAAAUCACUCCCUCGUCGCUGGCCCAACAGGGUACAGAGGGCGACAGAAACUCUACCUCCUCCUCCUCAUCCCUCUCCCCACAACUGGUCAUCUCGAGACCAGAGGAAGCCAUAAUAAGGUUGCAUGAACUCGACCGGACAAAAUGUUUCCGACCUGUAAGGGUCAUUCUUAAACUUGACCCCACCGAGAUGAAGAUUAUUGAUAAGAAUACUAAAAACGUUGCCGAAAGAAUUCCAUACUACAGCAUCACUCCUUGUCCUGAGACGUUUGUGAGGAGUGUGAUGGACAAGUGUGGCAACUUGGUGCUCAUGAAGAUCGAGGAUUAUUUACAGAUCGCACCGGCCCAGUUCUACAUAUUUCAGUUUGACACUAAAAAGGACGAACAAAUAAAUUCGUAUCUAGCAUCAUCCAUAUCACACGACACAAACAUUUCAAGUACAGUCUGCCUUUUUUGUAUUCUGGCAGGAGAGCGUUCGAACGAGCCUGUCGCCAAAGAGUUUCUGAAAAAUUUUGAUGCUGCGAAGACGAAAGAUAGUAAAAACGGUCCACCACCGGCUGCUGCAGCCUCGGCGAAGCAACCACUGGUCGGCACGUCGUCAUCCUCCUCUAGGACGUCAAUCAACAUGGCCGAUUGGUACGACGAGGAAGGCGCCAAAGGAACAGCUAUGGCGACAAUAAAGUACAAGCAGAAGUCGUUGCAGCUACCACCAGCGCGCACUGUCUUCCAACAACAGAACGACGAUCAGCAGCAGAGGGAUGUUUAUUUGGAACUACUGAAUAGGUGUCUGGACGAAGUUGAGUUGUUGGUGACGAAACUCCAGGACGUUGCAGACGCCUACAAGCAGUUGGAAGAGAGGAAGAAAAACAGCAGGAAAUCCGGAUUUGGAGAUGGCAUGCUGGUCAUGAGAGCUCGACCACCAACCAGAGAAGAGUUCAUCACAGUCUUCCAGUACAUUAAGCUCUCUUUCAAUUUACUGGCCAAACUGAAGGGCCACAUCAACAAUCCCAACUCGCCAGAGAUUGUCCACUACUUGUUCCAGCCGUUGGAUCUGAUCGUUGAGGCCAGCUGCCAGAUCGUGGCUCGGAACGAGAAACCAAUCUGGGAGGAAGUGAUCACCCCUUUGCUGAACGACGAGACCAUCACCUUCUUGGAGGACUGCAUGUUCACAAAGGAGGUCGAACUCUGGAAGUGCUUGGGAACUGCAUGGAAUAUCGGAGCCGGAGAGAAGUUCGUGGUGCUGAUAGAUUUUUUCCUAUUUCCAGAUCUUUUUGGAUGCUGUGCUGCAGUAACAUUCCUAUGUACGUUCCGGUCUUCAGUGACGGGUGGUCUCCAGAUCCCAAAAUCAUGCCACCCCUGUCGGCUUCAUUCGCCCCAGCAGCCACAAUUUCCACAGCAGCCAGCCAACAAGAGACAAUCUCAAAUGGCUAUGCAACAAAUUAGGCAAGAAAUACAACAAGUUGAACAACAACAGCAAUAUUUUCCACCGUCUCGUCCACAACUGCCUUCUCCAACUGCUCCUAACGACAACAUGAUUUACCAGCAAAUCCCACUAUCGCAGCAGCAGUUGCACGACCAACAGCCUCAGCAGCAGCAAGUUGAUUACCUCAUCUCGCAAGGAAAAGAGUAUGCGUCGACUGAAAAAUUAUUUCAAAUUUUUUUAUGA